AUGAGUGAAUUGGUGAAGAAUCCUGCAACGCUGGCACAAGCACAGCAAGAGAUGGAAUGUGCAGUGGGCAGAAAUCGCAGAAUAAAGGAGAGUGGCGUUAUGAAGCUCGAUUACUUGGGAUGCGUGAUAAAAGAAACUUUUCGACUUCACCCGCCACUUCCUCUGCUCGUUCCGCACGAGUCGAUGGAAGGGUGCAGCGUUGAAGGAUAUUUCAUUCCGCCAAAGACAAGGCUGUUUGUGAAUGUGUGGGCGAUGGGAAGGGACGAAAACGUUUGGAAAGAUGCUCAUCAGUUCAAACCCGAGCGGUUUAUGGGGUGUAAUAAAGAUGUGAGAGGUCAGGACUAUGACUUGCUACCAUUCGGCACAGGAAGAAGAGGAUGCCCUGGUAUUUCAAUGGCUCUUUCUGUUAGUCGGUUGGCACUCGCUCAGCUGCUUUAUUGCUUUGAUUGGACUGUGGAGCGUGAGAUCGAUAUGGCGGAAGGGUUUGGAAUAACUCUUCCGAGAAAAAAUCCGCUGUUUGCCUGUCCUGAAUGGAGGCUCACUACUGAAUAUCCUGUUUGA